AUGGAGGAGAUAAUCAUCCACAUGAUCAUUAUCGCGCCACUGACCAAGUGGCUAAUAGGACCGAAUAGGUCGUGGAACAAGGGAAAGAGGGAGUAUGGAGUGUAUAUUGCGCUGUUGCUUCUCUUCUGUGUCGGCAUAUACGAACUGAGAAAAACAAACCAAAAUUUGUAUGAAGUUCUACAGUUAAACGCGUACGCAUCGAAGACAGACAUUCAGCAAUCAUUCAGAAGGUUAUCCCGAGUGUACCAUCCAGACAAAAACAAAGAAGCGGAUUCAUUCGAAAGGUUUAAUAAAAUAAGAGAAGCAUACGAAAUACUGUCAAAUGAAAAGAAAAAGUACAUAUAUGACAGAUUUGGAGAUUUUGCUGGAAGUGAAAUUACCAACUUUUUUUACGUAGAAAUAAUUAUCAUAGCCAUAUUUCAAUUUGCCAUUUCAUUUAUCUUUGGCUUUUUGUAUACCUAUGGAAAAGACAAUGAGAAGUAUCGAAUUUUAAUUUGCUUGUAUAUUGCUCUGAACUUUUGCAUAGAGCUGGUGUUCAGAUUUAGUCCCGAGAGUACACACUUUCUUUCGUUUCUUCCCAUUUUUUGUCACUACACUCCUUUCGAGAGGAUCCAUUCUCUGAGGGUGCUAGUCCCCCUUGUGAUGAAUGCCAUUCUACUGCUCGAUGUUUACUUUAUCGAUGAAGACACCGAUCUAUACGUAUCUACCUUUUGCGAAUAUGUCUUUGAGAACAGCCAGAAAACCAUAAAGAACAUGGACGACGUGGUCAUCUUUUGUGCUCGUUUGGUAGAUGGUAAAGUGAACAAGGCGAACAACUUCUCCUGGAGGGAAAAGGACCCCUACAGCGACCUUGCCAAUAUUGAAGAACUGGAGGAUGAAGAAACAUAUGACAAGAAAUGCGACAAAAGUGAUAUGUUCUACAAGCUACUAUAUAACGUAGUCGAAACGAGCACAGAAGACGUUGAGCUGAAAAUUCCCAAAAAGUCACUCUGCCGUCGUUUCGACUGGUCUAGGCUGUACACGGAAAGCGUUAUGGAGAAAAACACCGAGGAGAAAGACUUCGAACAGAGCAACGCGUCCAAGGGAAUCUUAUUUUCAUCUCUGUUGUACUUUAUUGGUCUGAUAUCUCAUUUGGUAUCCAAGUGA